CCACAACACUCGUGAUGCAAAGCGACCUCUACUCGCAACAAGGCCGCGAUCACUACAAACGUGGCGAAUACAAGAAGGCAAUAGAAUGCUUCGGCCGCGCCAUCAGCCGCGCCGGAGCGGGCGUCUCAGCUCAACUCCUCGACCACCGCGCAGCCUGCCACGCCCGCCUCGAAGACUAUCCUUCCGCCCUCAAAGAUGCCAAGAAGGCUAUCAACGUCGCCCGUGAGGAUCCCACGGGUUACCUCCGCGCGGGGAAAGUCCUGGUGGGCAUGGAACGCAAGAGCGUUGCGCUCGAAAUCUACGCCCAUGGUCUCAAAUCCGUCAGGCAUGUCGGCCAAGGCUACGAGGCGCUCCGGAAAGCGCAUGGCGCACUUUUGAGCGAACUCGCGCCCGAGAGGAGCAUCGAUCCCUUCACGUUGCUCCCGCGGGAGAUCGCGUUCAACAUUCUGGAGUAUCUGGACUUCCGGCAGAGAGUGGCGAUCAUGAGGACCUCCAAGCAGUGGAGGGCGUUCAUUCGCUCCGAACCAAGGCUCUGGACACAUCUGGACUUCAGCAAAGCCCGGAGGAAAGUGAGGGCGGCGUUCGUCUCGACUGCGAUCAAUACCGCUGGGCGGAAGAUCCGCGCUGCGACGAUCACGAGCAAGAACUAUGACAUCCAGAAGGUCCUGGGGGCGAUCGCUCGUCAGACUACGCUGGAGAAGUUGACUCUACCGGACAUUGGCAUUUUCGAUCGUGGGCUUGUCGAAGCCUUGAAUCCCGCGAAGAGCCUCGUCCACAUCGUCGUCGGCCACGAAGUCGAGACUACCGAGAGUGUCCUGAACUCCUUUUUCGCCCGGUUCACGCCGCAGCUGAAACACGUGGAAUUAGACCUGACGGGUCAUAUGCUGGAGAGGGGGCAAUCCGUUCCCACAAUCCCGAGGAUGCAAUUUUCAAAUCUCCUCACACUACACAUCAAGACCCGGUGUUGGCCUUACGAUGAGUUGCAGCAUGCUCUAUCCGAAGCUGCAUCGUUACAGUCUCUCAACAUCUGCGUGCGCGAUGUCAGAGUCACCCCGGGGACGAAUAUCGACUUGCGGCACUGCGAACACUUGCGACAACUCUGCUUGCAUCUCGAUGGACUGGCGUUCGAUAGCAUCCUCUUCCCACCAUCCGUCGAGAUUCUGAAGCUGGGCGCGAAAACGUCGCCCCGGGGCUUCACGCGCGACGGCGAUACGAUCCAUCCAUUCCCACUGGACCUCCCGAGACUUCGCGAACUCGAGCUCGACAUGCCGUACCUUUCCAUAAGUGCAACCUUAGCAAUGUUAGAUCAACGCAGGACAGGCCCGGCGCAGAGCGACGCAAGGCCGAGGAUCCCACUCCGGAAACUCGUCAUACACCACCCCAUCGGGAUAGACCGGCCGGGGAUCCUGCAGGACUCGGUAUGGGACGCCUUCGAGCGCGACAUGUUCGACCAUGCGCUGCUGGCCGAUCUGGAGCAUUUGGCGGUGCUGGGGACGGACUUUAUGAACGACGGGGACCUCGUGCCCCUCGUCAAACGCGCGCCUGCGCUACACACCCUCGACACCGGCCAAUGCCGGAUCAACGGCGUCACCGUCAAAGCGAUCGUCGAGCUGGGCCACCUCAGGGAAUUGCGCGUGGGCCCCUCUUCGGACUUGCCUCGAGAUGCUCUCGAGUGGGCUCGCAAGCAGGGCAUCCACGUCCACGUCACCCCUUACAGGGAGCCGCCGAUCAAUCCCGAUCCACGGAAUCCUCGCCCGAGGUUUCCUUUCUGAAACACCCGACACUCUGGGAAUCCACGCAUCGCCACGAGCGGCCCUCGUGCCCAAGCAUCGCCGCAUCGAUCCCCCCAUUGUAGCGGAUCUCAAAUCCGGUCACGUCACGGCACACAUACAUACAUACAUACCUCGUCGUGCUCAUCGGAUGAUGACACGUCGUCUCCCAGAUCCAGGCACAUCGGGAGAGAUCCCGAUAUCCGAUUCGUCCCGUGUUCUGCGGACGAGAGUCGGUCGCUAUCUGGCGAGAGGGUUCG